UUUUGAAGCUGUUGCAAAAGACUUGUUUUGUUGUAGUGCACGUAGCUCAGUUAUAUGUCGGGCCGUAUGGACGGGUGCGGGCGCCGAAGCCGACGGAUCACGUGUUGAGCCCCCCUUUGGGUUAUUUUGGGAUAUAUCCGAUGAGCUUUGCGAAGGGUUUGCGGUUCCCUCUCCAUCCUUUUAUUAAGGAAUAUCUUGACAUGGUGAGUCUUCCUCCGGCCUUGCUGACGCCCAACAGCUACUCGCUUAUCGUCGGCUUUCUUAUCCGUUGCGGUGAGUUGGGGUUCUCGCCGACAACUGCGCUUUUCACCAAUCUGUACCGGAUAGGCCGAGGGAGUCAUCAGAAUUGUGCCGGCUAUGCCGCCUUACAGCAGGUCCCCAAGAGGAGGACGUUCACAGACCUUCCUUCAUCAAUCCACGGUUGGAAGGCAAAGUUUGUCUUUGUUAACCUUGGCCGAGGCGGUUACUUCCCGUCUGCGGGUCACAACGGCUUGUUUGAGUUGCAUAAUCCUCCGUGGGAUGCCGAGAUCAGUAGGCAGGUGGAGGCUUUCAUCAAGGGCGGUCCGAGGAGCGUAACCACUUACAUUACUGAGUAUAGGAUGGCCGCCCUCGGCUUCGUAAGAUAUUACUGCCCCGGUGAUAUGGACGAUGACCUCUGGCCGAAGAUGGAGGGGUCUUAUGAGCAAGCCGACGGUCCCUCACUCGGUGUCCCUGCCGAAGCCGAAGGCUUUGCCAUGGAUCGUAUGUCUUUUAUGGCCAGGGCCGCCAAGAAGGCCGAUGCGGAGCUAAAGGCCGCUCAGGCCGCUGAGAAAGCCAAGGCAUCCACUGGUGGUUCUCAAGGGGGUGCUGAGGCCGUCAAGAAGCCUGCUCCGAAGAAAAAGAGAGGAGCCGAUGAAGGCCAGAGAACUCUGGCCGAGGCGGGUCUGAAACCACAUGCCUCAAAGAAGACGAAGAGGGUUCCCUUAAGUGACGAGGCCGGCGCUCCCUCCUCUCAGGCCGCUGAGGAUGCUCAGCCGACCGUUGUCCCUCCUCUGCAUGAACCACCGUCAUCGGCUUUGGUGGCUUCGGCUUCCCGAGUGGCUCCUUCCACCGCCGCUGCUGCCCGUUUGGAGGAGGCCCUUGCCAAAGGGACGUACGAGGUGACGGUGCGUUACCCGGUGAAGGGCGGUCUCUUUAACGAGACCGUUAGUGGCGACGACGUGCUCGCUCAGGCUAUGCCUGAGUAUGACCGGCAAUACCUCAGCCGGCAGGGCAAGCACGUCCACCUGUACGAUGGGGGUUUGGACUAUGUCGUCCAGGGUGCAUUGAUGCUGAGGGAGCAGCACUGGAGACAGGAGGCCGAGAUCGAACGCCUCAAGAAACUGGAGGCUAAGGCUCUUUCAGCCGAUGAGGCCCUUCAGGACCUGAAGGACAAGGCCAAAGCCGCGGAGGAUGAAAUGAAGCUCCUCCAGGUGCGGCUUGAUGAGGCCGAGGCGGCCCGGAAGAAAGCUGAUGAGGCCAUCGCCGCUGCCAUCCAAAGAGCCGAGGAGGCGGAGCGGCUCAAAGCCAAUGCUGAGAAGGCCGCUGAGAAGUCCGUUGCUGACUUCAAGGCCGAGGGAUGGAAAGCCGAUGAUCAACUCCCCUUCUUCUAUGAGGUGGUUGCUGAGAGGUUGAAUGAUUGGACGACGAAGGAUCCCGCCGGCGAAGCAUUUUGGAUGAACGAGAUGCAAGCUUUCUACGACUGCGGCCAGUAUCGGAUGCAGAAGCUUAUCUAUAGGAAGCUGCGUUGUCGCUUCCGGAAGAUGAGGCCGAGGGGUCUGAGUCUCCCUCGGCGGAUGAAGAAUCCUGAUGAGGAUUUGAAGCUUCCCCUAUCGGAGAGGCAGCCUCCGAUCCUAAGUUCGUCCGAAGGGGAAGAGCCCUGGAGCGACAGUGACGACUACUUGCUCGAGGGGCCUGCCGACUCCCAGGCUGAUGAGGAUGGCGGCGGUGAUGAUGCUGGUGGCGGCAGCGGAGAGGACGUCGGCCAGAGCAAGGAGCAAGCCGAUGAGGCAGCGUAGUUUGUACUUGGCUUUUUUAUUACCUUUGUAGCUCUAGCAUCAAAGUGCAUGUAACGGCCGAAGCGCCCACCUUUUGUAUUCG